UGUCAAUUGAGAUGUAUUGAUGGCUUUGGAGUCCAAACUGUGUGGAUGAGGUUUCCUGCAGAAACCAGCCUGGCUCCAACUGCGUCAUUCACGGAUCUCUUUAUCCGUGGGUGUCGUGUCCUCGCGCUCGUUUCGAGGCCGAGUCAAGGCGCUGUAUAAAUGGAUGCCAUCUUUUUUUUUUAUUCCAUUUUCUCCUUGAUUCUGUUUUCUACUUUUUGCUUCUUUUUUUUUUUUUUGGCUACAAAUUAACCAGUUAGCAUUGAGACUUCUAAAUAGGAUCACUUGAUGGACCAUCUAACUCAAAGUUUCGAAGAAAGAGCCAACUUCUUCAAAAACAAUAAGCUCCCAAAGUCCCCUUGGUCAGCGGCAAAGUCCUUCUACGAUAAGUUCCAAUUUAAAUCUCGUUCAAGUGGCACAGAUUCCUUGAGGAAAACAGUUGCGAGGAUCUUAGCCGAAGGAGAUGACAGAGUAAAGCAUUUAAGUGAUGCAUUUAAGGACCCCGAGCUUCGCAAAAGGGAAGACUUAUACUUUAAAGAAAGGAAGGAGUGGAGUUAUGACGUAGAGAGGGCAGCCAAAAAAGCAAGCUCUGUAGCGAGUGUGCUCGGUUUUAAAGCUAGCAUCCAGGUACUGGAUAGCUCACUAAGUCGUACCAUUUCAACAGUUGAGGCUGCGAACUUGGCAGCAACUGCAGGCCAGCGAACUACAAUUACAGGUAAUGGAACAUCAGAUGUCAUUGGUGAGACUGGAACAUCACUUGAGAGGGAUUCGCCAGUUACAAGAGGUUCUUGCAUUCAAUUAGAGCAACCGAUAUCUUCAUAUACGGCUGCUCGCACUCCACCUUUGGAUCGAAGGUCAGGGUCGCCAUCACCAACGCUGUCACCUCCGCCCCAUCUACUCUUCGAUGGCAACAGUAGUGAUGAUGAACAAGGUCAAGACAAAGUCCUUGAUGAAGGGAUUGCGUUGCGUCACGCCUUCCGCGAGGAUCAUCUGGAUGACACUAGCCGUGCUCCCGACACCGAUCACACUGAUCACACCGAUCUUGCCCAUUCCAAAUAUUGAAUCAACAAAUCGACUGGUCUUACAGAGAAAUCGACCUUCUUGAUCGAUUUGAUCAGUUUAUGAACAAUCGAGGAUUAAACGACUAUUCACUUGCAAAUGACAGGAUCGCAGAUUUGACACUGUCUGGAGAGUUUUCAGCUGUUCUUCUUGACAACGAGUUUGAGGCGGCGUUGGCUGAGACUUUGGAAGUCGUUGACGACCCAGGUAUCCAAGAGAUACUGAAUCCUGUUCUCUCUGACAAGAAUACUAGUCUGGACGA